GGAGCUCUAUUUCAACAACCUCACAGGAAGCAUCCCUGCCGACAUCUCCAAGCUCACUGAACUGAAAUAUCUGGGGCCCUCCUACAACAAUCUCACCGGCGCCGUUCCUGCCAUUCGCGGAUUCCUCCAGACCAUAGACCUCUCCCACAAUCACCUCACCACCAUGCCUACUGCCAUCAGUGCGGAAAAUAUCACGCUGAGCCACAACGACCUCAAGGGAUCCGUGCCCGUCAAUGGAGACGUGUAUAGCAUAGACCUCAGCGACAAUCCUCUUAGUGGAGGCUUGGAUGUGCUCCUUAAAACGUCCUCAACUGGACAAUUACAGAUGCUAUAUGCCGCAUCAUGCAACUUCUCAGGCCCAUUUCCAUCCUAUCCCAACAUAAGAAUCGAAAGGCU